AUGAAGCACAUUUUAAAGAAGCUCCACCGGGGGGGGAGCCACGACCCGGGGCGUUCCUCCCACGAGGUGAGCGCGUCCACAGUCGCAUCGCCGUCGUCGUCAUCGCCCUCGGCGGCGUCCCCGCAGGUAUCGUUCGGGUCUGAUCACCGUCGGCAAGGCGAUGGGGUGGUGGCCGGGCAGGCGAUCGCCGAGCCGCCGCAGUCACCCGGGGAUGGGAGCGUUGGUGGGACCGGGGCGGCGGCGGACCGGGCGGACUACUUCUCCUCGGAGGAGGAGUUCCAGGUGCAGCUGGCGCUUGCGAUUAGCGCAUCGAAUUCGGAGCAUAGGGAGGAUCCGGACGGGGAUCAGAUAAGGGCGGCUACUCUGUUGAGCCUCGGGAAGGACAAGAAUGGCGCCGCGGGAGAGGAGCAGGGUACUGCUGAGGCGUUGUCAAGGCAAUACUGGGUGAGUGGUCUCAUUCUACCCCGAGCAGUUUAUUCCUUGUUGCCGAAUGUUUUGAGUUUCUGGCUGAUGUUCUACAGAUGGGGGCUAGUAAUUUGUCACUAGUAAUUUGUCACUUCUCUAGGGAACUAGAAUUUCAUUCAGGAGUUAACUUGCCAAAAUCUCAGCUUGCCGAAUUGUGCCAUGAAUAGAGCCCGUGAUUCGUAAUUGUUCUUAGAUCUGACAGUUCAUGUUGGUUGUUGAAGCUCUACGAGGGAACUUAUUUUAUCCCCUUUUCACCAUGAGAGCCUGGUUUAAGUACGAUAUACGAUUAUAGGAUAAAUAAAUCAGUCUCAGCAGCAAAAAGUGUAUCAAAUAAACUUUAACGUAAGUAUGCAAUAACUGUGGUGUCCAUUGACUAGAACGGAAUUAUCAAAGGAGUGAGGUUUUUUAUGGCAGUAAACAUAUUCAAGUGUUAAAUAGUUUUCAUUAUUGGAAGCAUUUGGUGCCAUCAUCUUUUCUUAUAUUAUGGGUUUGAGAUAAUGCCAUUCAUAUGUUGUGCAUGCAAGCUCGGAAGCAAAGCCCUCAUCAUAACUGGUGCUGCGUUGAAGUACCAGCAAAGAUUCAUGAAUACAUUACUGGAAAUGAUUGUUCAAAAAUGGAUAAAAGGAAAUUUAGAAUAAGAUCUAGUUACACUAAGGAGAUCAGAUACCCGGAUGCACACCUAGAAAAUAGCCACGGAAGAAUUCGGAAAUCAUCUCAGGAUAGGAUUUACCUUUAUUCCAAGGAUGACAGUUGGUUGUUUUACCCAUGCUAAUAAUAACUUUCGUGACAUGGCUCUCUUCAAGAUUGUCAUAUUACGUCUUGAGGAACAGGAGCCUUAUCUUAGAACAUGUGCCCGUUUCGAUGCCAUGGUAUCCUGUACUUAGUAAUGAAUCAGACUCCUGACCAAAGUAUUUUCAUUUUUUAUGAAGAAGUGAGGAUUUUCGAUCAGAUCUUAAAGAAAAUGUGAUCAGAUGUUGCGGGGUUAUUAAGUAUUUUGAAGGUUCCAUGGUUUUAUGUAAUGAGAUUUUGAAAAUUAUCUCUUUUUAUAAUUAAACCAUAAUUAGUGAAAGACUCUUGAAAGAAUUUUUUCUCUCUCUUCUGAUUGUGGGAUACUUACAUGAUUUAAGGGAAUAUUUGUAAAUUGCAAUCAGUAUUCCCUUACGUGGGUCUAAGGACGCUUUUAAUGAUUUGAAUUUUUUUUUCUUAUUCUGUAUGGUCGCAGUGAACUUUUGGGCAGAUUCUCACCUUUGUAUUGGCUUGUUCAAUGAACUUGAACGGUCAUUCAUAUUGACUACGUGAACCCUUCUGACGUUAGGUUGCUUUUCCAUUGCAUCUCUUGAGAAAUAUCUCUAAAGUCAGUCAUUCAAAUUUUAUCUCCAAAUAUCUAUCUUCAAAAAGAAUUUUAUCUUCAAUGCCUUUCGUGACAAGAAUCAUUGAGUUGUUUUAAAACAUAUCACAAUGGUUAAUACUGGUUACCCACUUUUUUAUUAAUAUUUCAUAUGCCCAUCUGGUAAGAUAAGCUUUUCCAGAUGAAUUUUGAUAAACAAGUUGGUUUGCAAUCGCCCCUUUUCUCAAUUGUCUUUCUGUAUGCAUCUUGUCUUUUCAAGGCGUUUUAUAAUUUUUCUUGUUCCUUCAUAGUCGUGUGAUAUAACCCUCAUGAAACCAUGCUAAAAUGCCCUGGCCUAAACUGUCAAUUAUUUCCAAAGUUUUAAAAAACUUGUGGUCGUGAAGAAAGAGGUUAUAGGUACGAGUAAUAAAUCCUAUUCUCUUGCCUGCUAUGGUUCUAUUAAAUCAGUUUUAAAGUGAGUGAUUUCAACUCGAACAUAACCUGAAUAUUUAGAUUCCUUAAUGCAUGUCUAAGGACCUUCCUUGUUCUAGCAUCGUUAAUUUAAAAUAACUGAUUAUUUCAGCUUUUUCUCGCUCCUUAACAUUGCUUUAUGUGACAAGUAUAGUUUCUCCUUUAUGCAUUAUCAUUUUCAACCUCAUAAUUUUCUGAUCUUUCUUGUCCCUAUUUGUUGGCAGGACUACAAUGUGCUUGACUACAAUGUGAAAGUUACUGAUGGGUUUUAUGACAUAUUUAGUCUAUCCCUUGAUCGUGCGGGGCAAAACAUGCCCCCCCUUGCUGACUUUCAAACAAAUAUCGGGGAUCUUGGUUUUGAAGUCAUUAUUGUCAAUCGGGCAAUUGAUCCAGCCCUAGUAGAGUUGGAGCAGGUUGCACAGUGUAUUGCUUUAGGCUACCACCUUGCUGAUGUUGAGCAUCUGGUGCAAAGAAUCUCAGAUCUUGUUAUGGAGCAUAUGGGUGGCCCUGUAAGAGAUGCAAAUUACAUGCUGGCUAGGUGGAUGGAACAAAGUUCGGCGCUGCGAGCUUCCUUACAUACAAGUUUGUUGCCUAUUGGGGAAAUACGUGUUGGCCUAUCACGUCACCGUGCACUCCUUUUUAAGGUAACCCAGAUGCUCAUAUCCUUUUUCGUGUGCAUUCUUGUAAUAGAAUCCAUUGGAACGUUUAUUAUCGGAUGAUACAGUUGAUGCGAUGCGCAUUUAGGGCACCUUGUAUCUGUCUUCAUUCCAAAUUUUGGCUAUGAAGGGAGACAUGAAAUUUGAAAUGUUGAACAUAAAUAGGAUGUAUGAUAAAGAUAUUAGGAGGAUAGGAUCCAUGCCCCAAAGCCUAGACUAUUGUGUUUAGGUAGAUGACGGUGAUAAGUGAUGAUAUCUAGCUUUUAACUUUUGAACUUGGAACCUACAAAGGUUUAAUGUUACCCCAAGGUAGAGGCAGUGAUUCCUUUUGUCGUAUCAUUUUACCAUUGGCAAGUCCAAUGGCAGUGGCCUAGGUGUACAGGGGUCAGGAUAAGAGAGAAAUGCAGCAAGCCCUUGAAAAAUAAUGGAAACGUUGUUAAAUAACUCCCAAGUAGUCUUUUGUUUAUGAAUCCUCGAGAACCGGAAGCAUCUUACAAUAUUCACCUUUACAAAAAAACUGGCCUACUCAAAUUCCGAAUCAGUGCAAUCGGAUUGGUUACCCUCGAUUUCCUAUCCAGUGGGGAUGGUUCCGAUCUAAACUGGUACUUAUUUUAAUGCCUUGUUCUGUGUAUAUAUCAUGUUGACUCCAAGUUCGAAAAAGCAUAAUUCAGCCAUCUAGAUGGUUGGUUGAUUCAGACAGGGAUCCUGCCGCUGCUCUUUGUUUUUAGAUGCUCACUUUAGGAAUAUUACUCUUUUCUCCUUCCAGAGAAAAAUGCUAUUGUUUAUUCGUACGUUAUGUGAAAGUACUACACUCUAUCUAACUUGGACAUACCUGUGUGGUCCCAUAUGAUUAUUUUUUCCUUUUGGGGAGUCCUUGUCCAUGUGGGAUUGAUAGGUCGCAUAGUCCUUCUCAAUGAUUAAUUUUUAAUGGAGAAUUCUCUUUAUUGGAUGCAGUACAUCUUUUCCUAAAUCAACUAUAGUUGCAUAAUGAUAGAAUUUUUGUCAAAAGGAAGACAUAUAAAUCAGUUUCUAACCUGUAAAAGGCUGUACAUGCACUAGCCCCUUUUUGAGUUGAAACUGAUCCUUGUAGAUAAAGAAAAAGGAAAACAUUGCUGAAUCAGGUGAUCUGGCUUGACGUACAUUUAGCACGAUUUGUCUAGAACCGUCCCUGUGAUCUGUGGAUUAAACUUAAUGGUUAUACUUCAAUCCGUAAACAAAUCACCUAUCUCAGUAUGGAUCACGGUAGAUGAACGUUUUUUGUAUAGUUUUUCAUUACUGUUGCCACUGCAAUCUAUCUUGAUACAAUCUUAUGCCUUCUUUCUCCUUUUUCUUAUUAUUUUUCUGAAUUCAGGUGUUAGCAGACCAUGUUGGCAUCCCCUGCAAACUUGUAAGAGGAAAUCAUUACACUGGUGUUGAUGAUGAUGCUGUUGACUUGAUUAAAUUGGGUGGCAGGUAUGCUACAAGUUCUCCAUGUUCUAUUGUUAUUUUGUUUUUGCUCCCAAUGUUUCUUGUUUAUUUCAUCCUGAUGGUGUCUUCUUCUCUUUGUUAAUAAGCUUUCACCUUGAUAUUUGAGCGUUUUAAAUAAUUUUUAUCCAUAGAUGUUGAACAGUUAAAUAGUUCAUUCGAAGUUUUUGUGGUGUUUUCUUCAAGUUGAUAAAAUUGAGUGACAUGCAGGAGAUCUCCUUUAUCCUUUUGUGGAAAGGAACGCUUAUCAGUUUUUGGUUGAAAAAUUUGUACGCAUGUAGUCUCUGGUACAGUUUCUUUCUGGCCAAUUACUAUUUCUUUUUCUUGUGUUUCUGCCUCAGGGAAUAUUUGGUUGACCUGAUGGCUGCCCCUGGGACACUCAUUCCAGCUGAUGCUCUUAAUGGCAAGGAUCCUUCCUUGAAUUUAAGUAAUUCUAGAAAGAGCAGAAGCCUAACUGACGGAGCAAAUGACUCAGUUCCGACUUCGUCCAGCGCUGAGGCAUACAAUGGUAACGACACUGUGAAUAAGCCAGUUCCAGAGGACAGUGGGUUUGUAGGAAGAUCAUCAGGAUCUGAAAAGGCAGUGGCUCUGCCUUCUUUUCCAAGUCCAAGUAGAGAGGAGUCAUCUUCUACAAGUGGAAGCAGUUUGCAUGAAGAAAUAUCGACUCCAGCUGAAGUUGAAAGACCACAUAAACUUCUUCCAGCUACGAGGACAGGUUCUCAGAAACAACAUUCUGACGUUUCGUUUCCUCAGGAUGGGGUAAAGGAAAAGGUCACUGGCCCGUCACAAUCACAGGAUCAUUUGGACUCCAGAAACCUUUUUGCUGAACUGAAUCCAUUUCUGACGACUGGACUUGGAAAAACUUCUUCAUUGAUGAGUAAGUCUACUGAAAUUAAAAACAACGAACCUCAGAGGCGCAGAGAAAAUAUUGCGUCAGGUCCUGGAAGACCUCCUCUUCCCUUAGUCUGGAAAAACCGUUUUACUUGCAACGAGUUUUCUAACAAAAGGCAGCAUGACUUUGUGGAGGGUAAUUUUCCUCGUAAAAAUCUUGAAGUGAAAGAUCUUAAUGCAUCAACAUCAUCAUCUCACAGCUCAGUUUCUCCUGAAAGCAUCAACUCUGAAAUUCCAAAACAUAAUGUUGCGGGAAUUUCUGGUGUUCCAUACCCUGCGGAGAAAUGUGGUUCUGGCGAUGAACAUUAUGGUUUCUUUGAAAAUGAGAAGGAUAUAGGUGCAAAUUACAGUCAUAUGUUGCAAUCCAAUGAUGGUUAUGGUGCAAACAAUGACCAAAAAAAAAAUCCGUAUUCAGAGAAGCCGCAACAAUUGAAAGAGAAUUCCCUGCAGAAUAGUCUGCCAAACGGUCCUAAUAUUGGGAAAAAUCGUAGUGACCAGCAUGCCUGGAGAAAAGUGACGAGUACAAACCUGAAGGAUGCUGGAUCUUCAAGCAUUUUAGACCAUUCUGGAACACAGCAGCUUGAUCCAAUGCUAGAUGACGUGGCAGAAUGUGAAAUAUUGUGGGAGGACCUCGUAAUUGGUGAAAGAAUUGGAUUAGGUAAUGUCUGAAGUUGGUCUUUGCUAAGACUUAUAUUUAGUCUGAUAUUCUUUUUGAUUCAAGCUUUGUUGUCGUUUUGUACUAUGAAAUCCUCCUCCCAGAUUUCUUUUCCUGUUUUAGAAAAAAUAUUGUUACCUUUACAUUGGAAAACGGUAGCUUCAUAACUUGACUAAUUUGAAACGAUUGCCUGUGUACAAGUUGCAAAAUCUUUUUUGCAUGCUGAGGAUGAAUAUAAAUUCAUAUUUUACAGUUAAUUUUGUUGCAUGUUCUUGAUGCUUAAACCUUCCAAAUGAAUGCCAUGAUGCCUUCCUAAUAAAGCUCAUAUAUUCCCACUCUGCUACUACUGGAACUUAGAGCCUCUCCUCCAAAGGAAUUGGGCCCUGGGAGAUGGUCAGUAUUACAAAAAUACAACCUAACAACAUUGAGCUGUCAAGUUGAUAUUCGUUGUAUCUAUUUUGUCUAAACAUUUAUAUUCUUAUUUUUUCUUUGUCAGAAUUGAUCUUAUUUUCCCGUCACAAUUAGAUUUGGGUGAUCUCAUUCAACAUCAAUUGGAAAAACCAUCCUUCAAAUAUCUAUUCUGUUAUUAGGGAUCAGAGUUAAGCAAGAUUAUUUUUUUAUUAUUUUACUGUCAAUCAUAUUUAACUAGAUAAUGAAAACAGGGGGAACAAAAUAAUGCAUGCAACCCAGCUGUUCUGUUUCCUCUACAUGAGAGCUUGUAUGUAUGAAACAUGCAAUGACCUUAAUUCUUUGCUAUGUUUUAGGUUCGUAUGGAGAGGUAUAUCGUGCAGAGUGGAAUUCCAAAGUGAGUCUUCUUCUUUUUGUUUGUUCUUGAACUCUCUCUAUUUGCCUAAGCACAACGUACUUAAUGAGGAUGAAACACGUUAGGACUAUGAAGGAUGAAUUAUGUAAUAAAUCAUACUUUGUAGAGCAAACCCUUCUACGUGAGAUGUGCUUAUGAUCUGUGUUUUUUUUCUUUUGAUCAAAUGGUCUUCCUUUCACCUCUAAAUAUACUGUACCUCAGUUAAUUAGGAGAAUGAAACUCUUGUGAAGAUGAACGAUGUUGAUCCCGCGUGGUCUCCUCAAUGUCUUAUGUUCUGUCAGCUUAUGUUAUUUCACAUUGCAAAGAAUAAAUGAAAUCAUAUGCUUCUUAUCAACAACUUAAUUUGAGUUAAAUAAUCUUGACUUGCUCUUAUAUAUCAAACAAAUGGUGCCCUUGACCUUGCUCACUCAUUUCUAUUUUGCACUUGACAAAGCUCGAAAAAGUUGACUUGCAUCUGAGUAGGUCCAUUAGAAAGAACCCAGAUUAAAGAGAACAAAUAAAAGCCACGUGGUUAUAUAUAGACGUACUCAACUCACUGAAAACUCACUUUGAGUUGGAUAUCCUAGCAAUGGUAUAUAUCUCUUAAUUUGGUGAAAUACAUUUGCAACCGUCCUAAUUAAAGUAAACCUGUGCAAUUCUUCUAUGUGAGCCGUUUGCAUUAUCAUUUCUUCACUGUUGUAGUGCCUAGAAUGUUUUGGAUGUGUUCAUUUGUUUUUGUUGUUUAAAUUGUGACUGAGAUUUUUUAUCAAAUCAACAAAAUUGUACUCGUCCUUGUGCACUACCUACAAAGGAAAUGCUGUGAUUGUCACCAUAGAUGUCUCUCCACUAGCAUCCAGGUUAGGCACGCUCGAGGAAGAGGCCUCCAUGCCUGUGGAGUUCAUGCUGUGUUUGUGUGUGUGUGUGUGUGUGUGUGUGUGUUGGUGGGUAGCUGCUGGAGCAUGGGGAGAGAGGGCAUGGAGUUUCUAGAAAUGUAGUGACAGAAUGUGUCAUUCUGUCAGUUGUCACAUCUCUAUUGAUAGUGGUUCCUAAAUAUUCUACCCAGAACAAGAAUCUUGAACCUUUAUUUAAAACUGCAUUCAAGAAUAUAUUAACUUGCUACUACGAACUUCUCAAGUUUAUGUUAUCUUAGGACUUUUGUGAAAUUUUGGAUGGGGCUUUCUUGAACAUUUUUUUAUCAUUUUGUUCAAACUGUAGACCUAAAUUGUUUGAGUAAAUUGGAUAUUUUAAACCCUGUUAGAUGGCUCUUGUUACCUGGAUCUCGUGAAAGAACAAUGUGACACUGGUAAAGUGGAACUUCUUUGUGAUUUCACCUGGGAUUGGGGUAACAUUUGGUUCAGUCCUCAACCACCCAUUUUCUGUCUCUAAUAAUGGGGAAAGGAUUUUUCCUCGCUCCCUAUAAAUAUAUUUAUAUCACUCCUUCCUCAUUUUCAUGUGCGGGGUAUCCCCUUCCCUCAUUUUCUCUCCCUCUCCUUUCCAGCCACUAUUUUACUAGGGUCUUCCCCUUCCCUUCCACAAAUUGCAGUAGGGACAAUCGUUUGGAAAGAAAAGGAAAGAGAAGGGACGGAAACGGGGUGGGGGUGUAUGAUAGAUAUGGGGGGAAGGAGAGUCAGGGAGUAGGGAUAGGGAGAGGCAGUCCUUUGCUUUGAACACCAGAGGUGGGUAGGGAAGCAGAGGGAGAGGAAGGGCACUUUGUUGAGUGGGUGUGUUUCUUUAAAAUCUAAGGUUGUCUCAUUCUUUAACAAUCUAUCAAUUGUAUUCCCCUUGGCUUAGUAAUGCCACUAUUUUAAGCAUCUCUUAUAGACUUCCAUGUGAUAAAAAAAGGUUUCUGCAUAAUAUGCCCUUUCAUGGCUAAAAGUAUUUUAUCCUACAGUUUUCAACAAUACUGCUAGUCCAUAUUCAGAUAAGCCAGUCAUGGAAUGUUAUAUUGGAAUUACUAUCAGAAAGGAGUUCUCAUUCUUCAAGUGCCAAAUAAUAAAUUGUGUACGAUCCAUUUGUUAGAAAAGAAAAUCUUCUUUUAAUUGUACAAGUAUGAUUAAUUUUAAGUUUUGAUCUACAGGAAGUGGCGGUGAAAAAGUUCUUAGACCAGGACUUUUAUGGAGAUGCCCUGGAUGAAUUUCGUCGUGAAGUGCGUGAACAUAUUCUUUAUUAUUGAAUUCAAUUUGGAAAUGAUGUUUACUUCAUAGAUCUCUGAUUGAACGUCGUUAAUUCCUUUUUGUUCGAUUGGCAUAAUGUGCCUUGGAAUCAGGUACGAAUAAUGCGCAGAUUGCGACAUCCAAAUGUUGUCCUUUUCAUGGGCGCUGUAACUCGUCCUCCUAACCUCUCCAUUGUUACUGAAUUUCUUCCCAGGUGGUGCUUCUCUCAUUUUUUGUUUCUACAGUCGGAAUUGAAAUUUGGUUUUUAAAUGACAUUUUUUUUCUUAUUUCUAAUGUUAAUUCUAACAUGUUUUCCCUGCCUUUGUGGCUGUCCCAUCAAGAUACUAUUCUUGCUUUCCUUUUUGAAUUAUGAGGUUUUUAUUAAAGGAUCACGUUUGUUCAUUCGGAUGCUAAAGGGCAUUCCAUUCAAUUUACUCUCUUUGGAGAGCGUUCUGCUGAUUGAAAUUGGCUUCUAGUUCGUAAUUCCAUAACGUGACGCUAGAGAUGUUUUCCACGUUCUUUCUUGGCAAUUCACAUGUGUUUUGUAUUUGUUGGAGCUUUGUUUUGUGCCGCACAAUCAACCUUUGUUUUCUGGUCAUCAUUAUUGUUGUACUGUUUCGUAAAUUUACAUUUCUUUUACCAUACCAUGUGCCUAUUAUGUCUGCCAAUUUUCUGUAAACCCUUGGUUUGAGCAUUUUAUCUUUCAGUUCUUACUGGACGAAUAAUAUUUAAUGUUGCUAUCAGCUUUUGUUAGGUUUUUAUGAAUUCCUAGACAUUUCAAUCUUCAAUUGUGUAGAAAAUUUUGAUGGAUAGAGGAUUCCAUUUAGAAAUCUAUGUGGGAAACAGUUAAGAGGUUAAAUCCAGAGACCAUAGGUGAAAGAUGGUGGAGAAUAAUUUUAUCAUACCUCUGCUUGCCCGAAGGUAGGAUGUAUUGGACUCUGAAACAGCAGAAGAAUUGGGCCGAGGUGGGUCUAGUGGGUGAGUCUGUCUAGCCCAACUGCAAAAAACAGCUAUUCUUCAACAACAUGUUACAUUUCAUGGUGUUCACCAUAUUAUUGUAGUGGCAUCUGGGUACAAUGAGACGUUUUUUUUAAAGCAUUUUUGAAUAAUCCUUGAACGGUAGAUUUGUUUUGACUAUGGACUACCGUUUAAGUAAUAUUUUGGAUAUUAACUUACUGUUAUUGGUAUUUGAAUUGCUUACAUGCCAAGUAAUUUACCUUGACAGCAUCUGCUUGGCCAUAUAUGUUUAUGCCCAGAUCUUGCGAACAGAAUUCAGAUUGGUGCAAAUAGUUUUUAGUUGCACUCAACUUUCAUAAAGGAAAUCGAAUUACAAAUGAUAGUUAACUUCACUAGUCCCUUUUUCCUAGUGUUCUUUUGUAAAUGUCUUGUUAUUAAAACUCAUUCCAAACCACUUCGUUUUUCAUGAGAACUGAACUUUGAAUUGUACAUAUCAGCCUGAACCAAAGUAUAAAAAGCCUUAGUCCGCUAAGUUUUUUGAUUGGCUUGAUUAACUUAGUUUGGUUGGUUUGCAGCUUUUUUUGGCAUUGAUUUCAGUUUGUAUUUCGGAAAGGAUCAUUAUCAUGUUUAAAAUGGGACUUCAUUUAUUUCUGAUAUCUCAGUAGAUUGUCAUUUUUUAUUUAUAGCUCUAAAUGUUGUCAUUGAGAUCAUUUUAGCUUCAGAGGUUGUUGACAAUAUUUAUUGUUUCUGUGUUCUCAUAUGAGAUUGUGUUUUGAGCAAUUCUUGUCCUGGGUUUGGAUAACAUUGAUGAAUAUUUAAUUCGUUAGGAUUACUGUAUCGUUCCAACUUUGUUUCCUUUUCUCAGAGGGAGCUUGUACCGGAUUCUUCAUCGUUCUAACUCCCAUAUUGAUGAGAAACGUCGGAUUAAAAUGGCUCUUGAUGUGGUACGAAUGAUAAUGUGCGAAGAAAUUGUUAUCUAAAGUACAGAGACUCAGAGUUUCUCUAGCUGAUAAUACUUUUUUUUUCAUAGGCUAUGGGUAUGAAUUGUUUGCAUGCCAGUGCUCCAACGAUUGUACACCGAGAUCUAAAAUCACCAAAUUUGUUGGUUGAUAUGGAUUGGAACGUAAAGGUACAUUUCACCGUGUUGUUUGUACAUAGAUCCAAUUUCUACUCUGCGAACUAUUGCUUAGUGUGCAAUAGAGUUAAUGGUCACUUCAUUUUCCUAUCAGUUGUUUCCCUCUUUUGUUGUGCUAUUCUGUGAGCUCAUGCUUCGUCCUUAGCAUCAUGAUGCCAUCUGCUAUCAUUACUACAUAGUUUUCAAUUUGUCAAAGAGUGGAAAAGUUUGGGAUUAAUGUUCCCGUAAAUGCAACAGUGGCUAAUUUUUCUUCUGCCAUUUCUCAUUGCUUUCACGUUAUUUUCUAAUGAUAAAAAAGGUAAUAUCAAAACUACACUAGUAUUUGUCCUCUUAUUUACUGACUAUUUGUAUUUGGUUGUUGGUCUUGUUUAUAUGGUUGAAGUCAGAUUUUUGUGAUCUAUAUAUAAAAGUGACAUUUUUUAGUGAGGGAUGAAUUGUUCUAGUGCGAAGAAUGAUUGUAUCUUUGAGUUGUGCAGGUUGGCGAUUUUGGACUUUCACGCUUGAAGCAUAAUACCUUCUUAUCAUCAAAAUCUACUGGGGGAACGGUAAGAAGCAACACCCUGCAUGGAAUCUGCGAAUGAUAGUUUCAAUCUGGAUUUCUUACCUAUUUUGUGCAAAAAAAAAAAAAAACAAGGUUCUGAUCUGGAUUUAGCUACAAAAAUAAUCUCUUAUGCUAGUUUUCCUAUUAAAUCUAAUAUUUGGGUGAAAUAGAUUAUUUGACUUGAUUUAUUUCUGAAAUCUGAAUGAGUUUUGUUUGGUGCAUUAGCCAGAGUGGAUGGCACCCGAAGUCCUGCGCAAUGAGCCAUCAAAUGAAAAGUAAGCUUGACCUUGAUAUUGGCAUAAACUAUAAUUUACCCACUGUACCUAUUUUCUGACCUUUGGUUCCGCUCUGUUAAGAAGAAAAGGAGGACAUAUAUGCCUUUUCUUCAAUCUUUAAUUACAUAUUCUAUUUUCUCACAGACAGCCCUUGUACUAGUAUUUUUUUAUCCUGGAACCAUUUUAUGGUUUGCCUCAUUCAGAAAAAUAUUGGGAGAGGCCGACUAACCUGUCCCUUCUUCUUGGCAUUUGUGUUGACGGAUCAAGAAAGAAUUGCUACAGAAAAGUAGGAGGGAGAAAGUUUUGGAUACUGAGACUUGUUCCAACAUCAGGAGCAGGAGGCCCACUAAGCCCUCAUUCUCUCUCCUUUUUCUUUAUUUGUGUGCUGCUGGAGCUGUAUAUAAGGGAACUUGUUGGCUCCCUUUUUUUCUCUCCCUGCACAUGUGCUGUCCACAGGUCUGUGGUUCAUUCGCGUGGGUGGAAGAGGACCAGGCCGGUCUUUUUCUUCUUAGUUACAUAUCCAUAAGUUGGAGAUCUAAGGCCUUUUCAACGCCCUAUCUAUGGUUGACUCUUUCACCUAUUUUUCUGGCUUGACUUUCAGGAGUCUUACGUCUGACAUUUUGACGACAGCCUCUAGGAGCAGCAAGUCCAUUACUUGUACCAACCCAUCAAAGAAUAUUGGAAAUAUCUUAGAUUGGCUGGUGAUCUUCCUUACCAGUCCAUUACCGGACCAAAUAUUGGAUAUCUUAUGAAUGUGGUUAGAUGUUGGCUUUAGAGUGGAUUUUAACAUAUUUUAAAUCUAUUCCAAGCAAAUGAUUUUUUUUUUUUCUCUGAGCAUGGCCAUCUCGAAGUGGAAGAAUGCAUAUAUGCUGUGUAUUCAGGAUCCGAAGAUGGUGAGAGAUCUGCUUCAGGCUGUUGCACAUUUGUAGGAAGGUAUCUUUUUACUUGGUAAACUAGGAAACAAACUGAAUGCCCCAAAUCAAGCACGGAGGAAGAGCACCAUGCGACGACUCAUGGGGUUUCUAUUCACCAAGGGUCCUGUAGGAUUGGAGUUAGAAAGCUGCCUUAAAUGGAGUUAUACUGCGAGGCAUCCAUCAGUAUGGCUGAUGGUUUAGGGCGGUGGCAGGAUUGGACUAAAACAUGUAGAUAUUGACUACCACUUCCUUGUGAAUUGUGUCCACUGUGUAUCCAUUCCAAUGAUCAAUGUGAAACCUGUGGUAAUACGCAGCAGCAUUCUUCUGGAUUUCUGAUCUGUCUGUCAUAUAUCAGUCUUCAUUUGUCUUCAAAGCUCCUCUUAGUGGUUAAGAAGCCACUUCUGACUUAUCUCUGCGUCUCUUCUCAUUCUUUUCAUGAGGGAGACAGAGACAAAAAAAAGAAAAAGAAAACUAGAAGUAGAGAGACACCAAUUCUUAUUUAUUUAUUUAUUUUAUGAAAUCUCAUAGGAUUUUGUGCGUUGAAAAUUUUCCACAGGUGCGACGUCUACAGCUUUGGGGUUAUUCUGUGGGAGCUGGCGACGAUGAGGAUGCCCUGGAGCGGGAUGAACCCCAUGCAGGUGGUAGGGGCCGUGGGCUUCCAGAAUCGGCGCCUUGAUAUCCCCAAAGAGGUCGAUUCCCUGGUUGAGCGGAUCAUCUGGCAGUGUUGGCAGACGUAAGCACCCACCCUCACAACCCACACCAUCCUCCUAUCCAUAAACAUAAACAUAAACAUGACAAGAAAUCCAAUGGGUCGAAAAAAAAAGAGAGGAAAUUUUCAACACACAGACAUAGAACAUCAGACAUAAAUCCAAGAUAUAUGGAAAGCUGCAUACCCCCCCGCCCCCUAGAUAUCUGGAGUGCUUUUUUUUUAACUUUUUUUUUAUUUUUUGGGUUUCCUUCUAGAAAGGAGUUCACUGAUAGAUUGGCCGGAUUUGACCUGGAAGAUCCCUUUUCCUUGCGAUUUUGGGUGUUUUAUGACUACCCACUUCCUCAAUUGGCAGAAAUGGAAUCGUCUAGAUCAGACUAUGUGUUCUAUUUUUUUCCCCAUUUUUAGAGAAAUCCGUCCGCAGAUAGAUUAUUUGGUCAGGAUUGAACCGAAAAGCCAGAUUUUUUGUUUUCUUUCGAUUGCGUCAGAAAUCUCCUCAACCCUAUUUUUAUUUUAUUUUUAGAAAUUUAAUUGUUGGGUUGGCUCUCUCCUUGUGUUCGUUAUUCCGCAGGGAUCCGAGCCUGCGGCCGUCGUUUGCGCAGCUGACCUCAUCACUGAAGCCCCUCAAGCGGCUCGUUGUCCCCCCUGACCAGGGACCCCAGGGCCCUCCCUACCCUCUACAGGUCUCGGUAAAUUCUACAAAUUCUACGCCUUGA